AUGAAUGACAGCGGAGACGACUCGGAUUUGCUCAACCCGAGCAAUCCAGCGCUGGUGAGUUUCGUGCGAAUAUCGCGUCAUGCUAAGCGUGCUGAUAUUCUUUCGCAGGUGGAGAACGUGGGAUGGCAUUUCGAGCUGGAAGGGACGCCCGUCGCGGUCUCUUGCGAGGGCCCUCCUUGGCAAUCCGUUGCCAAUGGCACGACCGUGAUACCCACUGCUCUCGAACACCGUGUCAAAUGGAGUGGAGACUCGUACACAACCUCGGAGGAGAAUCGCUUGAACCUCUGGGGCACGGUGCAACUUGCAAAGUCGGGACGUGUCUCUGAAAAGCUCUUGUUCAGAUCUCAGGAUGCGGACAAUGGCAUAUCGUUUCCCUUAAAGCCGCCUCGACGCUCUGAAGUCCCGCUUCAACGACUGCACGUGGGCCGCGGAGCAAUACCCAAUGCGCUCGCAGACGUCCCUUGUGAUCUCCUAUCAGUUGCCGACCUACUCGCCAAACUCAACGACGUCCUUGGUACAUCUUAUCCACUCGGAACCCCCGGUCUUCGCGACUGUUUAGAGUAUGCCGCCAGCACUUCAAAUGAUUUCGGAGAGGUGUACGGUACACUACGCCCGCAGUGGUCAAUUCGGCAACCCGGGUCCAAUGACUUUGUCACGGUCCUCGCCAGGAUGAAAGAUCGUCAUGACGAGGACCAGCGAAGGCGAGAAAACGCAGUUCGCGACCACUCUAUCCAAGACUCCCAAAUUCCUCCUCGACGUGUCUGGGACCUGUAUAGCAAUCGAGUCCUUCCCUUCCAUGUAGUGCCUUGGGAAAAUAACGAGGACUCUAGUUGCUUGCCCGCCGACCUAUGGGCCGUGUCACACACUUGGGUCCACGGACGAGGGCGCAUACUCGUCAUGACCCCGAUCAAUGGACGCCGAUGGCCUGUAUCGCUCCCGCGCGGCACAUCACUCGACCACAUCCGCAUCGAGCUGCUGAACAUGGGCGCCAAGUAUGUCUGGGUUGACGUCCUCUGUUUAUGGCUGGAGGGCAACGCGGACGACGACAAAGCUCGGCUCGAGGAGUGGAAGCUCGACGUACCCACGGUCGGUCAUGUUUACCAAGCCUACCCGCGCGGAAGACCAUGCAUCACGUAUUUCAACGGCUUGGGCUUGCCGUUCAAUGCAUCACCGACAGUCCUCAAAUCGGAUGACCACUGGUUUAAUCAUCUGUGGACCUUGCAGGAGACCUCAUCCAGUUGGUUACCCGGCGGACUCACUGCCGCACCUCUCCCCGAUAGCCGGAACUUCUUUACUCGGCUUCAGGACCUCAUCUCGAAUAUGUCUCGAUGGGACCAUUUCGCCGACAUCGUCCAAGCCGUGAGGGGUCGCUAUUGCCCCACAGACCAUGGCAAGAUGUCCUGUCUUGCUUAUCUCUUGCAAUGCACGACGCUGCCGCUAUACAAUCGGUCAAUUUCCCUGGAGACCGCAUGGACGCUGCUCAUCAAGCACAUGCCUGCACGGAACAGGACGUCUCUCUUCCUUCAACACGAAUCUGAUGCACUGUUCGGAUUGUGGACCUCAUGGUCAGGGCUCUUGGCGUCCCCACCGUCCUUGCUGCUCUCUAACCGGACACUUGACGCAGAGGAGCUACGGCUGGUGGAUCCUCAACAGGUUCAUACCGAUGAGCCCGGAGAGUAUUAUCACACCGGAUGUGUUACUAAGCCAUGUCGCAUUGUAUCCUCACCUAACGACACCCGCCGAAAUACUGGUGGACCACAAGCGUUCCAACUGCACUUCUACGAUCACGCUGAGCCCAUCACCGUGGAAGUCUCCGCUACCGAAACUCAUGGGUAUCUUGUCCCAGACGUUCCGUAUCACUUCGUCGGCGUCGGGCACCCCUGGAAGGAUUGCUGGGUUGCAGUUGAGGUGGUCGGGGAGCGGGAUGUGCUUGGCGAGAAAGCCCUUGAGGUGAUCAAAUGGGGUGUGAUCCAUAUGGACGAGGAUGAGGGGCAAAAAUUUGUUGGGUUGGGGCUAGGAGAAGACAGUACGAGAGUGACGUAUUUGUGGGGCGAGAAGGCCUUGGGCAGGAGCGGGCAUGUCGACAAGUACAUCACGGCG